AUGGCGGGAUCAAUAAAUAAGCCAAAGAAACCCAAGUCGAAGCGCGGGACCUCGCGCCUACGCCACAAGAUCGAGAAGAAGUCCGCCGCGAAGCAGCGAAAAGACCGUAAGCUGGCCAAGAAGAACCCGGAAUGGCGCUCCAAGAUAAAGAAGGACCCCGGCAUCCCCAACAUGUUCCCCUACAAGGAGAAGAUUCUGCAAGAGAUUGAGGAGAAGCGGCUCCAGAAGCAGGAGGAUGCCGCAAGGCGGAAGGAGAUGGCCAAGGCUGCGAAGACGGGCGUUACGGAAGAGGCUGGCAAUGAAAUGGCGGAUUCUGACGGUGAGGAUUUGGAAGGCGACGACUUCGACGAUACCAACAUGGAAGUGGACGACGGUGCCGUUGACGAGUCGAACCCCAUGGCUGCCCUCCUGGCCAGCGCUCGUGCCGCGGCGGAAAAAUACGAGAGAGAGCUCCAGAGCGGAGACGAGGACAUGGAUGAGGAUUACUCCGACGAUGACUCCGAGGACGGCGGUUUCCGCGGCCAGAACGAGAUUCCCGUCGGCCAAGCUUCGUCGAAAAAGGCUUUCGAGAAGGUAUACAGGCAGGUUGUCGAGCAGGCCGAUGUCGUGCUAUACGUCCUCGACGCCAGGGAUCCCGAGGGCACCAGAUCUCGGGAGAUCGAGAGGAGUAUCAUGGCUGCGGCGAGCGGCGGCAAGCGCUUGAUCCUACUCCUCAACAAGAUCGACCUCAUUCCCUCCGAUGUCCUCAAGGCCUGGCUCGCAUACCUUCGCCGGUACUUCCCCACCCUGCCCAUUCGAGCGUCCAGGCCGUCUCCCAACGCCCACACAUUCGACCACAAGGACUUGACGAUACAGAGCACAUCGGCGACACUCUUCAGGGCUCUCAAGGCCUACGCUGCCUCCAAGAACCUGAAGCGCGCCGUUUCUGUAGGAGUUAUCGGCUACCCCAACGUCGGCAAAUCAUCCGUCAUCAAUGCCCUCCUCGCGAGGUUGAGCGGUGGACGAGGUGCCAAUUCGUCGAGGGCCUGCCCGGCCGGUGCCGAAGCGGGCGUUACGACUUCCAUCCGCGCCGUCAAGAUCGACAACAAGCUCACCCUUCUCGACUCACCCGGUGUCAUUUUCCCCUCUAGCUCCCUCCAAUCAUCUGGCGGUGCCGUGCCCCUCAAGACUCCCACGGAUAAGCACGCCCACCUCGUCCUCCUCAACGUUGUCCCCCCAAAGCAGAUCGAAGACCCAAUUCCUGCCGUCACCCUCCUCCUUCGCCGCCUAUCCGCUCAGCCCGAGUUCGUCAAGAAGUUGAUGGAGGCAUACGAUCUGCCUCCCCUCAUGCGCGACGAGAAAGGCGACCCCACGACCGAUUUCCUCGUGCAGGUCGCUCGUAAGCGAGGAAGGCUCGGAAAGGGCGGCGUUCCCAACCUUAGCGCUGCUGCCAUGACUGUCGUCACCGAUUGGAGGGACGGCAGGAUCCAGGGUUGGACGAAGCCUCCGGUAGCGGCAGUCGCCGAGGCCGGCACUCUGCAGGGCAUGGAGUCCGGCGCUCCCACAGAGGUGACUGCUGAUGAGAAGGUUAUCGUUACGGAGUGGGCUGAGGAGUUUAAGCUGGAUGGCCUUUGGGGUGACAAUGCCGGGGGUGAUGAGACGAUGGAACAAUGA